AGACCGCCCACGGUCACCGCCAACUCGGCACGUCCCAUCGGCGGAGGUGGCGCAAGGACGGGCCAGACGUAGUAGGGGAUUCGAACGUUCCCGUUCCCUCCUCCACGAUCGUGUUCGAGGCGGUCGAGAGUGAAGUGCCUGCCCCUGCGGGAACACCGGCCCGAGUUACCCGUCCCCGUACCAUUUCGAGUCACCGGCUUGGCCUGGCCUGAUAGCGAGCCACCAAAUCCUGUAAACUCGUUCCACCAUCCAUCCGUAUUGACGUUUCGUUCUACCGGCCACGUUCGAUGCGCCCGCGUAACGGGCUGGUUGGAUCGUUCGUGUGCUUCGUGACAGUGUCGAGACGCGUGUUCGGCUAACGUUGCUCGGUAGAGGAGGACUCGAACGAUCGAAAAGUGAAAGAUGACCGUCGUUGACCGUGCGGACAGUGGUUCUUGAGUUUCACGCCCGGCUCGGACAAAUUUCAGGUUAGAUUUGUGAGUUCUCGCAAGGGGCCAAGGUGAAGAUCGUAGAGAAGGAAGAAUUCGCCACGAUGACAGGUACGGAACGACGUAAGAGAGUACGUAAAGAGUGCGAGUGAUUUUCGUGAUGCAAGAGAAACUGUUGGAACGAUGACCGGUUGGACGGACGAUCGGCGGGAAUGAAAAUGACGGUGCUUCGUUGAAAAGGAGAGAAACUUGGUCGAAUAGUGUGCGGUUUCGCGUUUAUUGAAGAAUGACACUCGGAAGGACCGAAGACCCGGUGCGAAAAUGCGGCUAAGUGUUCGGCCGAAUUUCAGUGCGAAUCAGGGAUACUGACGCGAAUGAAUAUUCGUGAACGUUGCUCCAACUCGCGUGGAUGCAAACCGUUUGAAUCUCGAUCCGUUACGAAAGGAUCUACGCCGUCUACGCGGAGGGUGGUCAUCGAUCGGGAGGAAUGUGCACCACGGAAAUGACAGAAUCGUACACGAUGUCACCGUCGACCACGGUGUCCUCGAGCGCCACGACGCCCGGCUGCCUGGGAUCGCCGCCGAUCCACCGACGGACGCCCUGCAGAGGCGACGUUCAGGACGACGAGGACGAGAUCUCCGUGGGCUGCCCGAGCCCUUUGCCCCUCGUGGUCGUCGCGCCCGGCGCGGAGGAGGACGAGCGCCUGUCCCAAUCGAGGGACGAGUACGUGGACAGACUGAGCCCUCGAAGAAGCUACCCGAGGGAGUCGGUGAUCGACGACGAGGACGGUUACUCGCGCGGUGGCGAUUACAGGAUGUCGAACGGCAGGGGGAUCCGCGUCCACGAGGGUGGCGAUUCCGUGACCACGUUGAGGGACGAGGAGGAGGACGAGGAGGACGAGGAGGAGGUGAACAGCAGGACUAGCAGUAACGGUGGCGGUUCGGCGGCCGCGGACGAUUACUUCAAACCGUUGAAACGUCUGAAGAUGGUGCAGAUGGUGCAGCACUCGGACGAGGAGGACGAGAGGGAUCGGGACACGAACGAGCGGGGGGUGAAGUCUUUCAGCAUACUGGACAUCUUGUCGCACAGGCCGAAGGCGAAGAUCGUGCGCCCGUGGGACACGGUCGAGUCGAGCCACCAUCUCAACCACCAUCAUCACCAUCGCCACCACCUCCAGCAGCAGCAGCAGCAGCAGCAACACCACCACCUUCACCACCACCACAAUCAUUCCACGCCGCCCAGGGAUCUGUCCUUGAUGGGCAUGUCCCUGGCGUCUAUGUCGGCUGGUUCGAUCAGCGAGCCGCCUCUCAGCAGCUCGUCCUCGUCCGGAAGGAGUUCCGUCUCCGAUUCCGGCAGCCCCGAUCCGUUGGGCCAUCAUCACCACGGUAUGCAUCACGGCAUGCAUCCAGGCUUGCAUCAUCCCGUGUUGCAACAGCAGCAACAGCAGCAACAGUUCAAGAGGAAAACGUCGCAGCAGCACGGCUCCCAGAGCGGGCAUCAUGGGAAGAGGACGACCGGCCAGGGAAGCCCUUUGGACGCGUUGUUCCAGAUGACCAGCAAAACUUUCGACGCCGGUGAGCACAGUCAAGAGCAAGCAAAUCAUCUGAACUUGUUCAACAACCGGCAGCAACCGAAGAAGAAGCGCAAGAGUCGAACAGCAUUUACGAAUCAACAGAUCUUCGAGUUAGAACGAUUCUUAUACCAGAAGUAUUUAAGCCCGGCCGAUAGGGACGAGAUUGCUGCGCAACUAGGAUUGAGCAACGCUCAGGUGAUCACGUGGUUCCAGAAUAGGCGAGCAAAACUCAAAAGAGACAUGGAGGAAUUGAAAAAGGACGUGCAGACAGUGAAUCCUCUGCUAGUCGCUCAACAUCACAAGACAUUUUUAGAGAACGUUCAAGAUCUUGGAAUUUUGAAGAAACGACCGUUGCCGAGCAUGGACGAGAAGUCGUAGGGAACGAGACGCCUCGAUGCUCGUCGUUGAGGAAAAAUCGUGAUUUCUUGAAACUAGAGGCUUACGCAGAAAAAACUGUCUAUUGAUCUACAGAGAUCGCUUGUCGAUCGUAGUAAACGUUUUCUAUAAUGCGAUCGUAUAAAAUUACGCAAAAGUGAAGUCAUACUUUUUCUUUUUCUACGUGAAUCGACUCAAUGAGGAGUUUUUGAGGUUAGGAUUUUCGUAGUUCUGUUUUCCGUAGUAUACCUGAUACGAUAUUACGAGUAUAAUAUAAUAUUGGGGAAAAUGGGAAUUGUGAUCGUUGUGACAGCGUGUUUUUUGGAAAUAUUUGAUACAUUAUAGAAAAUUGUGGAUAGAGAUGGAGAGGAUAUGACUAGGCAUAGUACAAAGAAAGCGUCUUCUUCGACAAUAUAUCGCGGAGAACGAAAGAAGAAACCGUUUUCAGUGAAAUAGACGGAAUUCGUUCAUAGAAAUUACGCAUUGAUUUCUGUCGGUUAUCCGUGAUGUUGAUACGUCGAGAAGAUGUACAAAGACUGAGAGAGUCUGCAAAAGUCUGACGGAUGAUAAGCGACGAUUGACGAGGCGAUUAAAAGUGAUCGUGGCAUGGCGAGGUGAGGAUACUAAAUGAAUCUUUUAAAUGUUUGUAAAUUAAAGACUGCCAAAUAUAUUCACAGCUGGCCCUCGUCGACCUCCGGUCCAUCGAACGACAUUUUCGAUGUUAAAAUCAGGAUCGGAUCACCCCGUGUUCUCAGCCAUUUUACACAAAUUUUUAUCUCGA